AUGCCUUCCACAAAGCAGCAGCGUGCCCGCCGGCAGACCGCUCCCUCUGGGCCGCCGCGCAAACCCAACACCAAUGAAACACAAGCAAGCCUGAAGGCAGUCGAGGAGAAGGCGCCAAAUUAUUCCGAAUGGAAAGUGCCGGGGUGGAACAAUGAGCUUGAUUUCUCACAGUGGCUCAAUGGGGUCAAGGAUGACCUGAUUGAGGAGAGCUAUGACGAGUAUCAAAACUGCUUGGACGAACUCGAGCAAUCGAAAGAUCACAUUGACGAAAUAUUAACGAAUACGUUGACCCUCCUUGACGACCUCUCCAGCCUGUCUGAAUCAUUCAAAUCAGUUGAGACCCAAACAUCAAACUUCGAAAAGCAAUGUGAGGGGCUUCUGUCCAUCCAAGAACGUGACACAAAGCUUGCAAAUGGGAUCCAGACCAACCUGCACUAUUACGAUUUCUUGGACCCUGCGUCACGGCGACUCAAUGCGCCAGGUGCGGGUAACACUGUCCGCGACAAGGAAUUCUCCGAUAUGCUGAGACGCUUGGACGUGUGUUUAGAUUAUAUGGAAACCCACACGGACCAAAAAGAAGCGGAGGUCUACCGCUCUAGAUAUCGGUUACUGUUAACGCGUGCCUUAACGCUCAUCCGAGGUAACUUUGUAUCUUCGCUUAAAGAUGUCUAUCAGAAUGUCUCGAAAAAGAUUUCAGAUCAGCAAUUGAACGACACCGCAUUGUCGGCUCUCUUGUAUGCCAAGUUUAGAGUUGGAGCACCUGAGCUGAAGCAAAUCGGGGUUGAGAUCCAGAAGAGAGCUGUGCCACCGCUGAACCAAGAUCAAAACAACGAAGCGGAAUAUCAAAGUUUGAUGAACGAGCUGCACAGCAAUUACUCUGCUAUUCGUGCAAAGCUGAUUGUACCGCUCGCCCGCAAAAAGUUGAUCGAAAUUACACAAACGCCUAGCUCAUCCAAGGACCUGGUUUCCUUCGCCCGAGCUAGCAUCAGUUAUAUCCGCGGGUUAUGCCUAGAUGAAUAUGACCUGUGGGGAGAAUGGUUCCAUGGACAAGGCGGUUUAUAUGAUUUCCUCGAAACGCUAUGUGAACCGCUCUACGAUCAUCUUCGCCCUCGAAUCAUCCACGAGUCAGAUAUUGUGAAGCUAUGUCAACUUUGCAAUUUACUGCAAACACGUUACUUCUCCGACCCUGAAGAAGAGCAGGAACAGACCGAGACGAAUCAUCUUGACUUUUCUGUCUUGAUCCAGCCUGCUUUACAAGACGUUCAGGCCCGACUUGUCUUCCGUGCACUGGCUGUCCUGCGAGAUGAAAUUGAAAAAUACAAACCUCGACCAGAAGAUAUAGAUUACCCCAUGCGCAAUCGACAGGUAUCUUUGACUGUGUCAGAUACACAGAUCUCGGGCAAAAAAGACACCUCUGCGGACAUCCUGAUUGAUAUGACUACCAAACAAGGUGACGAUGCUGGUGACACGCCACAAGAUCCAGACGGCAAAUGGGACUUUGAGACCCAAACAGCCCUCAAAGGAUGGUACCCGACUUUGCGCAAAGCAAUUUGGCUCCUGAGCAGGAUCUACCGCCUAGUGAAUUCCACGGUCUUCGAUGACCUUGCCCACCAAAUAGUGCAUCAAACCACACUCUCCCUCCAAAACGCCAGCUCCCUAAUCUCAGCGAAAGCCACACCAGCCGACAGCCAACUCUUCCUAAUGAGCCACCUCCUAAUCCUGAAACAACAAAUCGUUGCCUUCGACAUUGAAUUUGUAGCCCCAGAAGUUUCCUUCGACUUCUCCGGCGUGACAAGCACCUUCUGGGAACUCCGCGAACGCGGCGGUCUCUUCAACCCGCGCAACCUAAUGCGGCUCGUUGGCCAUGGCCUCAUCCCUCGCGUAGUAGAGAAUAUGCUUGAUGCAAAGGUCGAACUGGAUGGCCGUCUCCGCACAGUCAUCAACGACUUCAUCAACGCUUUCGCUGCACGCAUGACUACCUCUCUCCCCGCCAAGUUUGUGGAUACCCGCAACCUGCAGCGUGGCGAGCUUAUACUCCCUUCUUGUCGGACAAUUGAGAAGGAAGUCCCUAUACUACGGAAAGUACUAAAUGAAUAUAUCGAUGACACGCGCAUGAAGGAGACUCUUGUCGGUGCUGUCCAGGAUCGCACUAUCCAAAUCUAUGAGGACUUCUUCGAGAAGUAUACCUCCUCAGAGAAGGGGAAGGGAAAUCACGUCAGCAAAAAGGGGAAGGGCCGGGACGAUGCCGUCUGGGACGUAAACACCUUUGCCGAAUGGUGUGAGGGCGUGUUCCGUGUCGGUGUCGCGGGCCUGCAGGCUGAUCUUCCCGAGGAUGAUGAUGAUAUUCUAAGCACCAGCUCAUAG